AUGGCUGUUUCCCACCAUGGCCAGUCUCUGGUGCACAGCUUGGCUGCUCUGCUUCGUGAUAAAGGUGACGUGGUGCUGGACGGCAGCAGCACUCUGACGCUGCCGGCCUCCAGUCUGCAGCAGCUCACGCGGCUCUUCGAGCAGUACCUGCUGUCCCGCAGCCAGCAGCACGGCUUCUUGGCGCUGCCCUCCCACCCUGCCGACACCAUCUCCCUGCUGCACCUGCAGUUCCUGUUCGACGUCCUGCAGAAGACCAUCUCCCUCAAGCUCAUCAGCCCUCCAGGAGUGACCUUGGACUCUGUGGUGAAGAUCUUCCCCUUCAAGUCUCUCAGGUGUUUGGAGCUGAAGAGAAUCCCCCCACACCUCCUGGAGGGGCUGAGGGGAGUUUAUUCCCAGCUGGAGGUUUUUACCUGCACAAAAAGCCUCAGCUCUCUGGAAGAGCUGCUGUCUACAUGUGGAGGCGACCUGAGCUCUGCCCUGCCUUGGCUUGAGCUUCACACCCUGAAUUUCAGCUACAAUACCAUCGUCUGCCUCGAUCAGUCAAUAACGUUACUGAACGUGCUUAAGUGUUUGGAUCUGAGCCACAACAAGAUCCAGGACUGUGCUGAGUUUUUAAAGCCCCUGAGUGAGCUGGAGCACCUGCACCUGGGCUACAACUGCCUGCAGAGGGUGCCGGCGCUCGGCCCCAGCGCCAGGGCCAAGCUGCGCAUGCUGGUCCUCAGGAACAAUGAACUGGAGACUAUUAAUGGCGUUGAGCAGUUGUCUUCUCUGCAGCAUCUAGACAUCGCCUACAACCUGCUGUUGGAGCAUUCUCAGCUCGCUCCUCUGGCCCUGCUGCACUGCCUCUGCACACUGAACGUGGAGGGUAACCCGCUGUUCUUCCAGAAGACGCACCGUACGUGCACGGUUCGACAUCUGUCACCAAGAGCUGCCAGCCUCAGAUUGAGACUUGAUGGAGUCCCACUGUCUUCCUCCGAGUUAUCAGUUUUGCCAAAAGCGAGUCAGCUGCUCAUCCAGGUCCAGACUUCUCUGCCUUCACUUCCGUUCUCAUCUGAUCGUAGUACCCAGGAAGUGUCGAGCGCGGCGGGGGAGCUGAGCGACAGCAUGUCCAUCGGAGAUGUCGGGGUUUCGCAUUUACGUAAAAAGAAAUCUAGAAGUAAAGUGAAAGUGAGAAGGGCCAGCAUUUCUGAACCAAGUGAUACUGAUCAUGUACCCAGACGCAUUUCCUCCACACAAGACAUAGUUCUCCCCCACCAGCAGGAGAUUGAGCGCAUGUCCAGCUUCAGAGAUCAGUUGGGGGAAGAUUGGCUGAGAUACCAGCACCAUCUAGAUGGAGGAGCAACCACCACCAUCAGCACUGUCAGCACAAACCAUCCAGACUCUGAAACUCUCUCCAAUGGUCCCAGUAACUCCACCAUAUGUCCUGUUGAUUCAUCUCCGUCUGGACGAGUACCUGAGCUCCCCCCGGCACUGGUCCUCUCUCCGGAAACAAAAGACAUGGACUUGGACACCGAGUCCACCUUACAGUGGCUCAGUCACAACAGUCAGCAGAACAAAUCCACCCUGGAGGGCAGCAUGGUGGAUGGGUUAACAGUGAGGCAGGAAGAAGUACCUAAUUCAAGCCCGGCUUUCCAGAGGUCUGCCAGAGUGUCGGGCGGAAACGCCAAACAAGAAGAUGAAGAGGGCCUUGGAGUGGACUUGUGUCACCCAAUUCUUGUUGGAGUCCUGUCUGACAAAGAAGAAACGGACAGCAGAGGUCAAGAGAGAAAGAGAGCAGAGGUGUUUCUGUGCGUCAAGCAGGGUUUGGUGCUGGAGGUGGAUGUGCAGCGUGGCCAAGAGCGGUGUCGGCUGGAGCUGGACAGCCUGGUUCGAGUGGAGACCACAGAGGUUGCCUGGAUCCAAGGGGAUGCAGAGAAUUUGUUUCCGGCCGUGGAGCUUCACUUUGACUACAUCACCAAGACAAAUAAGAGGAGAUGCUACGUCCUGCUGGAUGACGACCCGCAGCAGGCCGCUCAGGUUUUGACAGAUAUAUUGUCUCGUGCCAUGGAGGAAAGGCAGCGCUAUGACUUGGAGCGGGUUCUCGGCUCUGCUCGCCUGCAGUGCCUUCGCUGCAGGACAGAGUUUAAGCCUCAGGGAGAGACUGAGCAACAGGAUGGUGGAGGAAGAGUGAAGAUAAGCCUAGCCGUGAUGUUACCAGAGGGCGAGGAGGAACAGGAUGGAGAGGGGUUAAUGCACACAGGAAAAAGCCAUAUUUGUCCAGAAUGUGGUAGUGACCAUGUGGUUCAAAUGACUGAACAAACCACUCCCUACAGCAGUACACCCAACUUUCAGUCAGCAAGGCCUGACAGCGAAGACAAUUAUCCUGAUUUUACUCAGCGCACUCACAGCGUCAACAAGCAUGAUGAUUCCGAUACUAGUAAAGGCAGUAGUAUCAUCCCAGAAACUGCGCUGACUUUAGAGGAUCCCACAUUUGUCACAGCCCAGGGAAGCUCCUUCUUUAUUGGGGAUGGUUCAGAUGAUACAAGCAGCAUUUCCUACAACAUAGACUCUCAAAGUAAGGAGGACCUCGCAGGAAGCUACCACUACACUGCUACUGAAGUGCCCCCACCACAAGCUGAACCUACAGACCAAUCCACCUCUAAGGACGAUUUAGAUCUGCUGUCCGAGGACUAUGAGGCGGUUGACCAUCGACUCAAGCUUUUCCUCGACGUGGAGGUCUUUGAAGAAGAUGAAGAACUUCACUCUUUCCUAAAGAUGUCGGCUGUAAAAUUUGGUGAGUCGGGGGAAGUUUCUUCGCUUUUGGUCGUGUCAAACCAGCGGAUAUAUUUUCUGGAAAUAACUUCAGAUGUGCAAGGCCCGCUCACCGAUUGGCUGCAGAAGACGCACAGCUACCCAAUCGUGGAGCUCAGCUACCUGGAGGUGGGACUGGGCUCGCAGAGCAUCCACUUGGAGUUCGGAGAGGGCGGCGCGGCCUUCACGCUCCUCGUGAGGGACGGCGCUCGCUGCAAGCGCUUCUUUGGCCUCCUGACAGGAAUCGUCCGUGAGAUGUCCCACAAACCAGACAGCAAGUUGCAGUCCAUCUCAACCACCAGACUCUCCCCGCAGCACCAUCUCUGGCCCCUCGUGUGUGAAGACAUCCAGGCAGAUGUGGAGGACGGACAGCUGCAGUUCUUCUACCUCCUGGCUUUUGUCCUGCAAGAGGACGGUUGGAUGCCUUUGACGGUCCUGGCAACUCGAGAAACCCUCUACCUGCUCGAAGAAGAUCACCAGUGGAGGAAAAACGGCUCAACCGCAAAUGGAAACGAUAAACCGUGCAGUGGGAGCUUCGCCAUCUUAGAAACCCUGCCCAUCAGCUGCGUGAGCUCGGUCCUGCUGUGGCCCGCGGACCAGUUCAGGAUGGACCUGAAGCUUUAUGAUGAGACGGUGAAGCAGGAGAGGACGUGGUGCGUGCGCUCGCAGAGCUCCGAGCUCCUCCAGGCUCUGCUGGCCUGGGUCAGGACACAGUGGGAGGCCAUGUUCGGAGUGAAGCUGCAGACAAGUCUGCAGGACAAAGCAGCGUCGUUUUUGUGUUAAAAAUAAAACAAAUGUUCAGAGCAUGAGCGAGCCUUUGUUUCCUCCCGUCACCCUCCUCGAUGCUUUCAGCCAAGAAAGCUCCACAUCCAGAACAAAAUGACGCGCAUCACGCUGAACUUCUCUGAAAUGGACUGUGCUUUGUCAUCGCUGCCACCGGAGGCGCCGUCGUUCAUUUGUCUUUUAGCAAAAUACCACAUGGUUUAACACAGAACUGAAUAAAUGCUCAGAAGGUAA